CCGUCAAUCAUGCAUGGACAACGCGCCCCUUUUAUACUUGCGUCUGGACGCGCCACGCUAAAGUCCACAUCCACUCUCCUCCAAUUCCACCUCUCUCUCCUGCAUACAACCGCCCUUCGAUCCUCCAACCAUAUCCGCUCGUCGCCUUCGCAUGAAUCAACUUGGCCUUUUUCUGCCCUAGUCCCGACGUAUUGAGUUCGCCAAGCUUGAUCUCCGAGAGACACAGGUGGGAUCUUUGUUGGGCUGGGGCAACGCCGGUGGGGAAUCGAUUGGAGGGAAUCGCGAAAGGGGCACGAGAAGACGCGGUUGUGUGCAGCUGCGCUAACGUGUGUCGGAACUGAAGUGCAGGCAGUGGCAGGACAAGGCAAGGGAGCCGUAUUGGAUUGCGAGAAACUGGGAACUGGCAUGACAGACCUGAGCUGCGCUGAGCUGUGGAAAGGGAUCGGAUCAAAAUCAUAACAAUAAACAAUCACGUCGACGAUUGUUUGGAUUGAAGCUUUGGGACUUGGAUCAACAGACAUACGAAAUAACGAAUUGCACGACUUAACCCUUCAAUCAAAUCGACCAGUGGACUUAUUGUUGGAUCCGGGAAUUGGAAUUGAUUACUCGACAUCGUGGUGUUGUUCAGAGCCUCAUUGUCGAUUCUCCCUUCCAGCAUUCCACGACCUCAAUUGUCCAGACGACAUCUACACAAUGGCAACCCAAAUGGCAAGCACUCGGCAGCCCUUUGCACCGCUCAACAGCUCGCGUCUCCAGAACCUCACCAGCCUCAAGAACCGACAGAAUGGUAUGCAUCUUCCUCCAAAUCAAUUCAAAUCAACCCCACUACACCCCUCUCCGAUUCAUUGCAGUCCAUAUGACAUCCCACUUCCUACUCGAUUAAAUCUCAAUCAUGACAACCAAUCUCACAACCUCUCUAGCCAUCACCACCCUAACCUCACCUACCAAACGCAAAGCGACCACCUUCGAUUUCGACGACUGCGCCGACAACUCUGAAAAUAUCGACCCCAUCAUCUUCCUCUCCCCUAAACGCUCCAAGCACCCAGAUGGAAGCCACUCUAAAGAUGCCCUCUGCAAGCCCACACCAACCAAUUUCUUCCUCACGCGUGCACCUGGCUCUCCCAAGGACGUCUCGUCCAUCAAACCCACCUCUACUGCAGCAAGCAGACCAAUGCUGAGUGCUCGAUCACCCGCAAAGCCUAGACUGGAUACUACUCGCUCCACGCCAUUGAGUGCACCUGCUGGACGCAGUCCCACCAGGAAGAGGAUCGGGAUCUUGAACAGACGCAAGACAGGAAGUCCAUUUACUCGUGUCGAUCCCCCACGAUUCUCCACAUCCUCCUCAAGCUCUACCUCUACCUCGGGAUUCAGCAUCGACGCUGCCCUCUCCGGCACCAUCGCCUCCUACAACGCCCCAGCCCCCAAAGUCCAACCCCAAGCUCAAGCACUACCCAUCCCAGCCCUGCACCAAGAUGCCCCUAAAGACAGCUGGUUCUUCGAAAUCCACGAAGACACCGAGGAGGAGCUAGCUACCAACCUUAUGGAACACGGUGCUUGCACUCUGGAUAUCAGUUCCGACGAGGAGUCCGCGGCACGAGAACGUGAUGCAAGAGGGAAGGAGAACGUCCCGCCUAUGGACGACGUUAGUCAGACGCGGACGGCUCUUUCUGGCUCUUCAUCGUCGGGUAUGACUGGCGAACUUGAUGCUGAGGCCGAGAUGCGUGACAUCAAAGCACGAUUACAUCGUGCAUCGCGUCGUCAGAGACAGCAAGCUGACGAGAAUGCCAUUGAGGUUGAUCGCUCGCCGCUGGGUGAUCUUGUAGCGGAGGACUUUUAUGGUGAGGGCGUGGUGGCUGGGGAAGUUGUUGUUGUUGCCGAUGAGUGUGAACAAGAGCAAGAGCAAGAACGGUCACGCGAGCAAAGUGUGGGUGUUGUGGGUGUUGCUCAGACCUUUAACUUCACUGCUGAGGUUGUAGGGAAGGGAAAGGGUGUUGAGGUUGAGGUUGGUGUUGGUCUUUGUGUGGAGACGUCGGUAUGUGAGGGCGUGGUGGGAGGAAAGGCGCGUCUGUUGGAGCCGAUUGAGAAGGUCGAGGAAGGAUGGAGUGUUUGGGAGAGUGGGAGUGCGAAGGGAGAUGAGUGAAGUAUAUGAGCUUUGUGUCUUGCCCUCUCUAGUAUAUUGUUCACCUUGAGUCGCUUGUUGGUUUGGCUGGCUUAAGUCCUGGUACAUACUGGUUUACUGUUGGAGUUCGGUCUGGUAUGAUCUGGUAUGGUUGGGCUUGGGUAACAAAUGCGCUCGUGUACAUACAUGCUAUGGGGUUCUUGCUGGGUUAGUCGUGCGUGCGUGCGUGCUGUCUUCUGUCUGGUUAUAGCUGGUAGCGUAUGUGCCGUAUGCUAGGGGUGUAAUGAAGUGAUGGUUAACGUCCUUGUUGGCUUGGCUUCCUCUCUUAUCACUUGAGUGACUUGGUUCUUCUGAAUUUGUCUUGCAAAUACCUCGUCAAUCUUUGGGCUGAGUGUAGCAAGUGUGUUUAGCUCAAUUUUGUUCGUAGCAGGCAGAUCGCUGGGUGAGGCUAAUUUAUUUGGUGGUCUGGUUUGGGGAGUGGAUAGUUGGGCGAGUGAAAGUAGAAAUGAAAUGAAUUGAAAGGAGUAUUUGUGUAUUUGUGGACGUGUGGACGUGUGGACGUGUGGACGUGUAAAUGAUUGCACUUGAAGAGUGCG